UUGAGUCAAUUUUAAUUUUGCUAAUGCUAAUGUGUUGUGUGUAUACUGUAUUUCAGCUACAUGAUCAAACUGUACAGAAUAUUUUGGACCUGUGGUUUGAGUAUUUCCUUUGAUAAAGCCAUAAUGUAGAUUUACUCAACAAAUUAAUCACAUGUCAAUGAUAAGCCACCAUUUCACCAUAAUGAAGACGUUUUAAAGUGAUCCAAACCUGCACAUUUACACGUUCUGCUUUGUUCUGUAUAUUUUUAUUUAUGUUCAAAUUAGAUGUUGGUGAAGUUUCAGGAAGCCUUUACUUAGCCAUAGUUUAAGAAAGUCUAUAACGAAAGAAAAUAUACGCAACAAAUAUGCUUUGUUAAAUAAGUGGCAGAAAGACACAGGAAUUCUGUCCAUGCGCUGUCCGUGGUUCUGACUAAUGUGUGCCUCUUCGCUGUAGUCUGUGUUGAGAGUCAAGAGCUGUUCUUGGUGCUGAUGCUGUAGUUCAACUUAAUACUCUACGUGCCAUUGAACAGAUAUGUUUUUGUUUUGUUUUGUUUUACCAGGAACAUGUUUGCUUUUUGGCUUUUAAAAUACACAACUCACUAACUUAGCAUCUUUAUAAAAGGAUCUCUAUUCCAACAGAACAUACUCUGCUGCGCACUUGCCCAAUCAGAAUUUUUUUUCAAUAAUUUUGUUUUCCAAAAUCUAAUAAUAUUAGUUUGUUGCACAAUUAAGUGAUCACAAGAUGUCGCUUGAGACCGCGCAAAAAAAGCUGUUUAAUAUGCUGUAAACUCCUCCCAUUUUCAAGACAAAGCAGCAACGUCAUCAUCAGAGGCUGCUUUGUGAAAACACCUCACAGAUGAGCGAGGCCCGUAACGAGUGAGGAUCUUUUGCAAGAAUGGAUAUAUGAAAGAAAAAACAUGCUUUUUAAGCACUAAAGCAGAACGUGUAGGGCUUCUUAUGAAAAGCGAUGGCGGCUCGGACACGACGGGAUAAUAUGUGGAGCCUGGUUUUCACCCUUUUUUGUCUCGUUGAUCGGUCCGUGGCUCAGAUAUCAUACACCAUUUCCGAAGAGGUGGACAAAGGCAGAGUGGUUGGAAACGUUGCGAAGGACUUAAACCUCAGUGUGCAGCAGCUCCAGAACACGGACCUCCAGAUGGCGUCUGGGUAUCGAAAGCGUUAUUUUGACAUAAAUCGUGAAUCUGGAGUAAUUUUCGUCUGCGAAAGGAUAGACCGGGAGGAGCUUUGUCCGAAUCUGGCUAAAUGUUUUUUAAACAUCGAGGCCAUAUUGAGCAACCCUCGCAGCCUCCAUCGAAUUGAGGUGUUGAUAAAUGAUAUUAAUGACAACGCUCCCUUUUUUCUCGAGGAAGUGAUUACAGUAGAUAUAUCUGAAGCUUCGCAUGUUGGGGAGAGACAUCCACUCCCCGUCGCUCAUGAUGCGGAUGUGGGAACUAAUUCGGUGAAGACGUACAAGUUAAACACAAAUGAGUAUUUCUCAUUAGAUAUACAAAGCGCUGGUGACCAGAGUGUCUCUGCUGAAUUAAUAUUGCAAAAAGCAUUAGAUCGCGAAAAAGAGCCUGUGAUCGAGCUGAUUCUGACUGCAGUUGACGGCGGCAAACCCGCUAAAGCAGGAGCUUUACAGAUAAAAGUGAAUGUUUUGGACGUAAACGACAAUUCGCCCGUAUUUAGUAAGAAUCUUUACAAAAUACAAGUGACUGAAAAUGCAAAUAUGGGCACAACCUUAUUAACACUGAGUGCCACUGAUUUAGAUGAAGGCGUACAAUGGUCAGAUCGUUUAUUCUUUCACAGAGGGGGCGCGUUUAAAUCCUGAAGAAAUAUUUUCUCUUAAAUAACAAUAGCGGAGAGAUUAUAGUUAAAGGCAACAUUGAUUAUGAGGAAUACCAAGCAUUUGAUAUCCGUGUUCAAGCACGAGAUAAAGGAAGUCCACCCCGCAGUGCACAUAGUAAAGUUUUAGUCGAAGUGAUUGAUGUCAAUGACAAUGCUCCAGGAAAUAUUGGUGUCAUCUCUGAUGAGUCCCAAUAAAGGAGGACAGCUGAAAUAGCCACAGGCUGUUGCGAUGGUAACAGGUCACCGAUAGAGACAGAGGCAAAAAUGGUCAAAUCAAUUGUAAGAUAACAGGUUCUGUUCCAUUUAAAUUCAAAUCUAAUUAUAAAAAAUACUAUUCUUUGUUGGUCGAUGGACCACUCGACAGAGAAAAUAUUUCUAAAUAUAAUAUAUCAAUUGAAGCAACAGAUGAGGGAUCACCUGAGCUUACGACAACAGCAGUAAUUGCGCUUGAGGUUUCUGAUGUAAACGACAAUCCUCCUCGAUUCCCUGGUUCUCUAAUUAACGUGUUUGUAAAAGAGAACAUCCAAACUGGAACAACAAUUCAUAGACUAUCUACGUUUGAUUCAGAUUCGGAUGAAAAUGCUAAAUCGACGUACAGUUUCCUUAAUUCUCCCAAAAAUACGCAGAUUAGUUCGAUGAUAACAAUUAACUCAAAUACAGGCGAUAUUGUAAAUCUGCAAUCGUUUAACUACGAGGAGUUAAAAUCGUUUCAGUUUAAAGUUCAGGCUACAGACUCUGGUGUUCCGCCACUGAGCAGCAACGUGACUGUUAAUGUUUUAAUUCUCGAUGAUAAUGAUAAUAAUCCAUCCUAUUUUAGCUCCUUAUUCUGAGCAUGGCUCUGUUAACAGUGAGACCAUCCCUUAUUCUGCUGAAGCGGGAUACUUUGUAGCAAAGAUCAGGGCUGUGGACGCAGAUUCUGGAUACAACUGCGCUGCUUUCUUAUCACCUGUCGGAGUCAAAAGGAAACAACUUAUUCAGAAUCGGAAUCAGCACCGGAGAAAUCAGGACUAAGAGGAGAAUGAGCGACAAUGACCUGAAAACUCACCACUUGUUGGUGUUAGUUUCUGAUAAUGGAGAACCUUCUCUGUCAGCCACUGUUUCUAUUGAUGUGAUGGUGGUUGAAAGCACAGCUGAUGUCCAGACUCAGUUCAGACAUGUGCCUAUAAAGGAGGACAACUUCUCUGAUUUGAACUUGUAUCUACUGAUCGCCAUCGUGUCAGUGUCUGUGAUCUUUCUGCUGAGUCUCAUCAGUUUAAUAGCUGUCAGA